GCACAUUCUGACCUUAUCCGUUAAACUAUAAGUGUGGAAACGACCUAGUACAUGCGGACUUCUGCGAGACUUAUGAGUGUGCUGAAUAUGCCUCCACAGACAGCAGUAAAAUUACAGAUGCUUUUCGCCAUGUCUUUUGCAUGGGCCUACCAAGAAAUACCCAAGUACCAGCACCGAGACCCUGUGACCACUAAGCUGCUGCUUUGUGACCAGUGUCCACCUGGCACUGCCGUGGAACGCCACUGCAGCACGGAGGAAGCCACCAUUUGUGUCCCCUGCCCAGAAAAACGCUUUGCGGAACAGUGGCAUUGGGGAGACAGCUGUCAACAUUGUACAUCUGUCUGCAAAGAAAGGCAGAUUGUACGAAGGGAAUGUAACAGCACUCAUGACAGGCUCUGUGAGUGUAUACCUGGGUAUCACCUGGUGGUAGAAUUUUGUGUCCGUCACACCCCUUGCUUACCUGGCUCUGGAGUCGCUGUACAGGGCACACCAGAGAGGAACACAGUGUGUGAGAAGUGUCCCCAGGGUUAUUUCUCCAGCACAUCGUCAUCCACUGAGCCGUGUAUGCCCCACAAGGAUUGCACUCAGCUGGGCCUGAAGACUGUCAGACUAGGCACAACUACACAGGACACACUGUGUGAAUCUGAGAAUAAAGAGUUCACUUUUGACUGCUCCCAUCAGCACACAGAAUGUCACACUGAAAUUACACUAUGCGAGGAAGCAAUAUUUCAGUUCCUUGCAUCACCUCCUUUGGCCUCUGUCCCUGUGGAGCAUCUUUCUGAGAGCCUUCCAGGACGCAAAGUGGACUGGAAGAGUGUUGAAAAGCUGAAGAAAAGCUGCAGUCCUCAGCAGCAGGCACUACAUCUGCUCCGUCUCUGGAGAGAGCAAAAUAAGGACCAAGACAAACUCCUCAGCAUCAUCCAAGGUGUAAACCACUGUGAGAGGAAGGUAUCUCGCUGUGCCAGUGUAAAAAACCUCACUCUGGAAGACCUGUUGCUCCUGAUGGACAGUUUACCUGGUGAGAAAGUGAGCGACGAGGAUGUACGGACCCUGGUAAACACCUGUCCCUCCCAACGUUACAUCCUACAUCUCCUCCACCUGUGGAAGAUUCAGAACGAAGGUCAGGACCUGGCCAAGGCUUUAUCUCACAGUCUCCGCAAACUACGUUCAAAAGGUGCCCGCCGCCCCCUUCUAAAAAUUCUAAAGAGGAUCAGUCGGAUUAUUAGUGUGUCAUCCAUACACCGUAUGUAUGAAAAGAUGAUUGUCAACAUGAUCCAGGACAACACAUGUUUCAAAACUAAACUGUACAAUGACUAAUUAUACUAUAUCAAAGGACAAUUGAAAUUUAGUUAUUUAAAUGAAAAGUUGUACAUAGAUUUGGACAGUUGUGGGCUAAAAGGGGACAGGGCUGGGUAACUGAUUUGUUGUUAAGAUGCUUUUUUUUUAUUUUUUUUUUAUUUUUUUUAUAUUGGACUUAAACUUUGAGUUUGAUUCCAAAAUGGAAAUAUAAGCCAACUGCUGGAGCAAAAUCACCUUUAAUUCAGGUUAUUGCUCGACUCUGAAAUGGAAUGCUUUAUUGAAGUUGUAAAUAAUGGAAAUUGGUUAUGAAUGUAUAAUAAAAUAGAGAGCAGUUAUGUUUUAUUUAACUGUAAUUAUGUAUUGUCAGGUUUUGUUAUGUUUAUAACAUUUUAAAAAAUAACAAAUAUAUAUUUAUCAAUUUGUCAGAAAACUGAACUUUAAAAAUUCAGUAGACAAUUUGUUUUUAAUUUAUGGAUAAAUGUGACUAUUUUGAGUCUAUAUUGAUGUUUACCACCACAUAUUCUCAUAACCACAGUGAUCUGAUAAAAAAAAAAAGCUUUUAAGCUCCUAAAUAUUGGAUAUAUAUGGCCAUCUAAACCCUGUCUUUACUGUUUUUGAUGUACCUUUACAUGAUCUACAUGUAUAGAUAAUAAGGGUAAAAGGGUCAAUUUAAUUUAGAACAAUAGGAAAUUAGCCUAUUAUUUAACUUUAAAUUUCUCAACAGUUUUUGUUUAUAAUCAGUUCUAAUAAGAUUAGAUUGUUAAAUAUGUCUUUCAAGCUAAAAUGGCCCCAAUUAUAAUAUAAGUUUUAACAGAAGUAUCAGGUCUGCCUGCCAGGAUGUAAUAAAACACUUCUUUUUACUGAGUUUAAUAUUAAGUCCUCAUGUUUUUAGAGGCUGUUGUGUUUAGAUAUUACAGGGCUGGAUUAUAGAGCAGGCAAGUGGGGCCAGUUACCCAGGCUUCCGAUUGUCAUCAGCCUAAGUCCCCUAAUUACUAUUUAGUCAUCUAUUGUUAGCCUACCAAAACUUUUAAAUUGCCUGUCAUUUAAUGUAGUAUAAGGCAUCUAUCACUAUGGAAUGUGAGGGCCUCCAGGGACAAGUGACCAGGGACCUUGCAAAACCAUGUCCUGACCCUGAAAACUUGUAAUCAUGAAAACUUGUAAACAAGCAUUCACUUGUAAACUCUUUAAUACUAUUUUUGCUGAAUCUGUAGUUAUGGAAGCUAUUAAUGUAAUCUUAAUUUUAAUUUAAACUCUCAAACACCCUGGGAUGUACUUAUUGUUUGAUGUCCAUUUCUCACUAAUACAUGAUAAUACAUAACAUGUCUUUUUUAAUUAUCAGUGUAAAUCUGCUUACUGUUUUUUCUAUUAAAUUAAAUUUUUGUAUUAAUCACUCUU